UUUCAAAUUUCACAGAGAAAAACUUUAGCCACAAAACUAACUAACCAACUCAUCUCAGAGAAAUGAAGGUUACUUCGCCGGAGUCGCCAAAGCGCCAAUCAAACACCGGCUUCUUCCUAACCGUAACGGCGAUUCUGGCUCUGUUCUCAAGGCAAGCUAACCGUCUAAAGCGAAAGACGACGAAGAAAGCUUCAUCGAUCAAAGAUGAAGAGUGGAGAACCGAUCAUCUUAAGUCGCCGAUGGCGACACCGAAGAAAUUGCUGAGUAGUAUAAGCAACAAAGCUAGGUCGCAAUUCGGAAAGAAGAAACAGAGAGAACAGAGAGAUAAUAACGAAAUGGAAGGUUGGGGAAACGGCGGCGUUUGGCAGAAAGAGAUAUUGAUGGGAGGAAAGUGUGAACCGUUGGAUUUCUCCGGUGUGAUUUACUAUGAUAUUAACGGAAAACAGACGCGUGAAGUUCCUCUCAGGUCACCACGCGCUAGUCCUUUGCCUGGUUAUCUCACUCGCCGUUGAAUUCUAUGUGUUUUAAUCACAAAAUUUUAAGAAAAAAAAUUGUCAUUAAUUUGCAAAUCAGGUUUUAUUAGAGAGAUGAUGAAAUUUAGAUUGAUAGAUAUGCACGUGAUCUGUGAUCGAUUGCACGUGUUUCGUAUUUUUAGAAUUUAAUUUGUAUUAUUUUUGCUUAUUAGAAUUGAAACUUUGGAAUUAAUAGUUUGUUUGUUUGUUUUUUUGUUCGUUGUUGGUUGAUGAAAACUAAAUAUUUUGUAUAGAGUAAUUGAUUGAUACUGGUGAA